GAGAAACGCUGAUGCAAUAGAUCAUAAUUUAGAGCUUGUUCUUCCCGCCAAGCCAUCGCCGAAGCUCGGGCCACGCGAGUUCUCUCCUCCGCUCCGCUCGAAAGAAAGAGGGAACCGAUGAAAGUGCAAACCAGCUUUCUUCCCACCCCGCUGGAAUUGGAACGCGACACUCAUCGAUGGACUCGCAAGUCCUCACCCAGCUGUUUCGCCAGCUGUUCAGGCAUCCACCAUGUCAGUCUCUACGGCCCCAAUCAUCGUCGGCUUUGCGGAGGACGGAUUGUGUUCGACCCGCGUGCCGCGAUAAUCGACAAUGUCGCACCUUUCUCACGCGGCGGGGGCAGACCAAGCGGAAGAGUACGGAUGAUGGGAUGAUGUGGCAUAAGAGAGAUGAUUAUCCGAAGGACAUCACGGAGGAAUUGAAGACGUAUCCUUUGGUCACGGCAAAGGACUUGCGCCAUCGACGAGAACGGCCGAGACAGGUGAAGAUGCUAACAAGAGAGUUCAUUGACGACAGUCUCUACAAUCCCAACUACGGCUACUUCUCGAAACACGCUACCAUCUUUACUCCCGGAGAGCCUUUUGAGUUCAACAGGAUGGAGGACGGCCGCGAGUUCAAUCGAUUGCUGGGAGAACGGUAUACCGAGUUUGAAGAUAAACUGGACGAGAUCAAACCAGAUAUCGCACGUCAGCUAUGGCAUACGCCUACAGAACUAUUUCGCCCAUACUAUGGAGAAGCCAUUGCACGAUACUUGAUAUCAAACUACAAACUGACGCUGUACCCCUACCACGACUUGAUCAUAUAUGAGAUGGGCGCAGGAAACGGUACUAUGAUGUUGAAUGUCCUCGACUUCAUCCGCGACACCGACCACGAAGUCUACCAGCGGACCAAGUUCAAGAUCAUCGAGAUUUCCCCCUCGCUGGCUGAUCUCCAGAUGAAGAACCUGAGGGAUUCAGUCAAUGCUGCUGGACACCUUGGACAUGUGGAGAUUAUCAAUCGGUCGAUCUUCGACUGGGACACUUACGUGCAUUCGCCGUGCUUUUUCUUGGCCCUCGAGGUCUUCGAUAACUUUGCGCAUGAUGCCAUCCGCUAUGACACGAAGACUGAGACCCCGCAGCAGGGAGGGGUUCUCAUCGAUGCUGACGGAGAAUUCCGCGAGUGGUACAGCACGCAACUCGACCCUGUUGCAUCCAGGUUCCUCCGGGUGAGACAAGCGGCUGCCAGACGUCCAUUUCCGACUCCCUUGGGACCGAAGAUCCUGCGUGGAGUGCGGAACUCCUUGCCAUUCCACAGCGGCUACACCUUGCCAGAGUACAUCCCUACUCGUCUCAUGCAGUUCUUCGACAUUCUCCACGCAUACUUCCCGGCGCAUCGCCUGAUUACUAGUGACUUCAGCACUCUGCCUGAUGCUGUUCCUGGCUUGAACGCUCCCGUGGUCCAAACACGAUACAAGAGACGCACGGUGCCGGUCUCGACGCCUUUCGUCCACCAAGGCUACUUCGACAUCUUCUUCCCCACCGACUUCAACGUCAUCGAAGACGUAUACCGUGCCAUUACAGGAAAGCUCACGAGGGUCCUCAGCCACGAAGAGUUCAUGGAACGCUGGGCAUACAUCGAAGACACAGAAACUAGAAGCGGAGAAAAUCCUCUGUUGACUUGGUACAAGAACGCCAGUGUGCUAACGACUGUCUGAUGCGUAGCGAUUUCUAUGUCUUUUUUUUUUUUCCUCGAUGGCCCAAACGUAGCUUGCUAGCUACGGCUACUUUGCCUCCAACGGGCAUUUCUAUGAGACUCUUCUUCUUUUUUUUUUAUCCAAACUUGUCAAAUAUACCAUGUGUUUUAUAUAUACGUAGAAUAGUGUUCAAAAGCAGAUUGAAUCUGAC